CUCCCCGUCUUGGGGGUUCGACUUUGUCUUGGCGUACCCUUCCAGGCUCACCUCAUUUUUCUCCCCAGGUCUUGUUUUCCCACUCCCCUAGCAGCCGCCCAACCUGCGGAGCAGAGAGCUGACUCACCCACGUGCUGGGGGCAGAUCCUCGCGCUCCAGAGCGUCCAGUGUAGGUCUCCUCACUGUCGCCCCUGGUGGAAGAGGCCAUGUUUGUGGCCACGGUUGCCAAGGCAGCCCCCGAAGCGAAGAGCUCUGGACCGAUGGUGAAGACUAAACUGGCUGCGCAGGUGCGAGAUCGCCGCAGCGCACCUCUCUCGAUGUCCUGGAUUUCAUAGAGAUGAUGCGAGCCCUAGGGUACCCACGACAUAUUUCCAUGGAAAAUUUCCGCACACCCAACUUUGGACUUGUAUCUGAAGUGCUUCUCUGGCUUGUGAAAAGGUAUGAGCCUCAGACUGACAUCCCUUCUGAUGUUGAGACUGAACAAGACCGAGUUUUCUUCAUUAAGGCAGUUGCCCAGUUCAUGGCCACAAAGGCACAUAUAAAACUCAAUACCAAGAAGCUUUACCAAGCAGAUGGGUAUGCAGUGAAAGAACUGCUGAAGAUCACAUCCGUCCUUUAUAAUGCUAUGAAGACCAAAGGGAUGGAAGGCUCUAAAGUAGGAGAGGAAGAUAUCAGCAAGUUCAAAUUUGAUCUUAGCUCCAAGAUUGCAGAUUUGAAGGCAGCCAGGCAGCUUGCUUCUGAAAUCACUGCCAAAGGAGCAUUUCUGUAUGACUUGCUGGGAAAGGAGGUCGAGUUAAGGGAACUGAGAACAGAAGCCAUUGCCAGACCUUUGGAAAUAAAUGAGAUUGAAAAAGUGAUGAGAAUUGCAAUAAAAGAGAUUUUGUCACAGGUUCAGAAGACCAAAGACCUGCUCAAUAAUGUGGCCUCUGAUGAAGCUAAUUUAGAAGCCAAAAUUGAAAAGCGAAAAUUAGAACUGGAAAGAAAUCGGAAGCGACUCCAGACUCUGCAAAGUGUCAGGCCAGCCUUUAUGGAUGAAUAUGAGAAGAUUGAGGAGGAAUUGCAAAAGCAGUAUGACAUUUAUCUAGAGAAAUUUCGAAAUUUGGCUUACCUGGAACAACAACUUGAGGACCAUCACCAGAUGGAGCAAGAGAGGUUUGAAGAAGCUGAAAAUACUCUCCGCCUGAUGCAGAACAAACUAAAGGAAGAGGAAAAACGGCUGCUUAAGAGUGGAAGUAAUGAUGACUCAGAGAUAGACAUCCAGGAAGAUGAUGAAUCCGACAGUGAGUUGGAGGAGAGACAGUUCUCCAAGCCUCGGACAGCCAUGGAGGUGCUCAUGCAAGGAAGACCCAGCAAGCACAUUGUGGGCACAAUGCAAGGUGGAGACUCCGACGACAACAUGGAAGCAGCUCCACUUCUCUUAGGUAAAUGCAGGACUCCCAGCUCCAGGAAGCAGGAAAACUCAGAGGACAGUGAAAUUGACCUGGAAGAUGAUGAAGAAGGUGAUGAUGAUUUGGAAGAUGAGAGCAUUGCUCUCUCACCGGCUAAGCCCAAUCGAAGGGUCCAGAAACCUGAACCCCUGGAUGAAAGUGACAAUGACUUCUGACCUCUUACCAAGGGACCCAGACAGAUUAAAAACCUCAGAUUUGUAGGUAAACAGGAAAUUAGAAGACUUAGAAGGUAGACAUGUACUUUGUUCACUAAGCCAGCUGGAUUGAUUAUUUCUGAAGCAGUGCUUCUUCCUGUUCUUUUCUCCUAUGUUAUACCAUAUUCCAUGAACCUUAAAUAAGUAUCAAAGCAAGCCCCAAAGUUGAUUUUCUUUUCCCUUCUUUGUUCCUUAAAACUUUGGAAAUGCAUUUUUAAUAAUUCAGAUCCUGCUGGGGGUUUAGCUCAGUGGCACCGCUCCUGCCUCAUAAGCACAAGGUCCUGAGUUCCAUCCUUGGUAUCAUUAAAAAAAAAAAAAUUCAGAUCCACAGGACAAAAACUCAAGAAAUACAGGCUGUUACUAUGUAAGUCUUUGCUGCUGCUAUUACACAUUUCCUCUACAAGUCAAGCAGACCUGGGAGCUGGAACAUGGCACAAGGCUCAUUUUAGGAAUCAUAGGGAAACAUUUGGCUGUUAAUCAGUUGCCCAAUUCAGAACAUUUAUUAUACGUUGACUUUUAAUUCUAGUCUUUAUUCCAUUUUAUAGUCCUGUUUCCUUCUGCAUGCUCACAAUGCCAAGCAUUAGAUGUAUUUUGAUAAUUAAAAUGUUCUGAAAGAUUUGCUAAGUUAGAUGAAAAUCAGCUUUCCUUGGAAAUCAGAGAACAGAGAGAGGCUGUGGGUCAUGAACAUUCCAUUUUCUCUUAGAAGGCUGAUGUUCCUCUGGGGGUCAGAGUCACCUUGGAAUAAAGCCACCUGCGUGUUUUCCCUGCUGCCCUUGGCUUCUCCUUGAGAGAUUCCAAAUUCCUGACCCAGUGACAGCCAGAAUGUCCUUCUCAAGUCCUUUGUCCACACAUAGGAGUGAAUGCAGGUUUCCUUCAUUUCUUUGGCCUCUUAGAAGAAGAGGCUAGCAAGAGGGAAAUACCAGUGUAGAUUUAUGUUUCUGAUCUUGAAAAGAAGUCAGCACCAAAUUACGUAGAGCUGCACAAGAAUUUCCCUGUUGUGAUGUGAAAAGUGACAGAUCAACUUGGCUUUACAAUGAAAAAUAUGAAAUCGUUUUCCAUUUAUUUUACAAUUAUUAGGUCAGAAGAUUUCUUUUAAUAAAAUGUAUUUAAUACCAUA